AUGGGUUAUGCCGGACAAUCAGGUGGUUUAGCAAUAAGUAACGUUGUUUUUGGUCAAUAUAAUCCUGGUGGACGUUUACCAAUUACUAUGUAUCCAGCAUCCUAUGUCGACAAUGUAAGUAUGUUUGAUAUGCAGAUGAGACCAUUGAGUACAAAUCCUGGUCGAACCUACAACUUUUAUACUGGCAAAGCAGUAUACGAAUUUGGAAUUGAUCGUUCCUAUACGACAUUUCUUUAUUCAUGGAAUAAUGAUACUAUUCUCGUUCGACUGCUUCGAGUCAAUGUGACCAAUACUGGUGAUAUGUCAGGUGAUGAUGUUAUCUUAGCAUUUGUUAGAUCACGUAAUGCAACAAUGAAUGGAGAAAUAUCAUCAAUCAAACAAUUGUUUGGCUUUGAACAUGUUAGUUUAGGUGUUAAUCAAACCAAAGCAGUCUUUUUUCCAUUAACUGUUCGACAUUUAUUAAUAAUUGCACGAGAUGGUACCAAAUGGCUUCAUCCAGGUUCAUACGACAUUCUCAUCGGACAACAACAUAUGCAUACAUUUAAACUAUAUGGGCAAUCGAUUCAAUGGGCAUCGAAGAAACAUGUUUUUCCAUCAAAUGAAAACAUUUGA